UUAACGACUAGCAAGAGCUGCGGUAAUGCCACCCAUGAUAUUUACUCUCCUUCCGUCGUACUUCUUCGAAAUUUCUUCCUCCAAUUGCUUCUGAAGAAGCUUAGUAGAUGUCACAAGAGCUUGCAAAGACUGUCCAGCUUUUGCAGUUUGUUCGCGAGCUUCAUUUUGUUUCUCAACCAUGAGAGAUUGCAUCCUUGA